GUAGUCUUCUUUGAAGUUCUAACAAACAACAGAAAUGGGAUCUGUAGCUCCUUAUGCUGUUUCAUUUUUCCUAAGACUUAUUUAUGGAGUCACAAACAUACUCACCAAAAUUGCUUUUAGCCAAGGCACAAGUGCAUGUGUUCUUGUUUUUUACAGGUUUCUGAUAGCUAGUGUGCUCUUGCUGCCCCUUGCCGUUGCAUUUGAAAGAAAAACUGCCCCACCACUGUCAUUCAAAGUCUCUCUUAAGCUAUUUGUGCAUGCAUUAUACGGGAUGUCUGCUUCUACGAUCAUAUCUUACAUUGGCCUCGAUUAUGUUUCAGCAACAUCUGCUUCUGCAGUAAUAAAUCUUGUGCCAGUGUUAACUUUCUUUUUGGCUGUCCUAUUCAGGAUGGAGUCUUUGAACUUAAAGAGAUCCCAUGGAGUUGUUAAAGUUUCUGGCUUGGUGCUUUGUUCUGUUGGUGUUACUGUACUUGCAUUGUACCAGGGACCAGAGCUGAAAUCUUUCAUCCAUCACCGUCUUUUCCAUCACGCAAGUCAUGGUGGUACUAAUUCUGCAAGGAAAUGGAUAUUGGGAGUCAUCUUGCAAUCUUUAGCCGCUGCAAUGUGGGCUCUGUGGGCUGUACUUCAGGGACAUCUGUUUGGGGAAUAUCCAUCGAAGCUGCUGAACACAACACUCCAGAUAGCCUUUGCAACUGUUCAGUCUUUUCUGAUGGCUUUUUUAAUUGAGAGAGAUUUUUCAAGAUGGAAGCUUAGUUUGGAUGGAGGCCUUGUGGCUAUAAUCUACUGUGGCAUAACACUUGCAGUUUUGUGCUACCUGCAAGUUUGGUUAGUUGACAUGAGGGGGCCUGUAUUCCUGUCCAUGACCGUACCAUUGACAUUGGUAUUCACUAUCAACCUGACAGUCAUAGGAGAAGCAGUCACCCUGGGGAGUGUGAUAAGUGGAGCUCUACUGGUUGGUGGUCUGUAUAAUGUACUGUGGGGAAAGAGAAUCGAACAAGUACCUAUGAGCUCGCAAGGAGACGAUGGCGGAAAUGCUGCUUUGGAUCUGGAGGAACAAGGAUCAGCAGCAUCAGUUCUCAAAACACAAGAUUAG